CCAGUUAGAACUGUGAGCCGAACGAAACAGCAGCUUACAGUUGAAAUUGGAGUCCGACGGUAGUUUAACAGUAAAUUUUGUGAAUCAUUCAUCUUAUAGCAGGUACAUAUAGUUUGACAGUGACAGUAGUUACGUCAAAAUUUGCGGGAAAAUCCAAAUUUUUGAUGUUUUAGUUUGCAAAUUCUAGUUCCGUUUAUUUUUGAAUGGCCUCGUCGAACUCGGAACUCGAACAGCUGAUCAAAUUGUUUUGAUGCAGGUUUUUUCUAUUGACGGAUUUGUGUCUGGCCAAAAAGUAAAAUACACGCCGCCCGUCGCCGCCGCGUAAUAUACUUGUUUGGUGUCACCGGUUCCGCGAAUUUUUCAUGAAUCAGUCGUUAUAGCGAGGUCUCAAUAAAAAUAAAUACCGUGUGUUAUGCUAUGAUGAGUGUUAUUGACGUUUGUUUUUGUUAUUGUAUUUUAUAUUGUUUUAUUUUAAACGAAGAGAACUUGUUGGAUGCGAUGACAAACCACUCUAACACCGGGAAGUUUUAAAUACAUUAUUUAUCUGUUUGAGAUUUAAUUCAACAAAAGAAGAGUUAUAUUUAAAAUUACAAAGUGUCAAAAUUAUAUCAUUUAUUUCCAACUGUCAAAAUGUAUGUCAAUUCAAAACGUAAAAUGAAAGUGUUUCAUGGGGUUAACAAAAAGUGAAAAAAUAACAGUGUUUCGUUGAAGAAAGUGACCCAUUGAUAAAUUAUCUAAAUUGUUUUGAGCAAUAACCAAAGUAAGACGACAAAUUUUAAAGUUGAACAAAGAAUAAAAGAAUUCAAAAGCUAAGACAAAAGUGUGGUGCAAGUGUGACAGUGGCUUAAAUUAAAUUAUACAAUUGGAUUUAAAAUAAAACCGUCAAAAUAGCUCCCAAAAAUUCCUUUCAUCGAAUGCAUCUGCCCACCGGUACAACGACGGCUGUCUACACUGGCUCCACCGCCGGACCGGUAACUUCGACAUCGUCCGUAUCAUCGGCGGCAGAUUGGGGCCAGUCCAGUGGCGGUGGUAUAUACAAUAAGGGGGGAAUGAUUGACCCCCCAAGCAAUAAUAGUGGUAGCAGUUCACCGCCAUCAUCGCAGGAGCUUUGGUGGACGGAAAGAUUGAUCUGUGAUGCUCAACAGGAAUAUCCUGGAGAGUUGGUUCGAACGGGUAGUCCUUAUUUCCUCUGCUCAGCCUUGCCAAACCACUGGAGAUCAAAUAAAACACUUCCGCUGGCCUUCAAAGUGGUUGCCCUAGUCGAUGUCGGUGACGGCACAAUUGUGACGAUACGUGCUGGUAACGACGAAAACCAUUGUGCCGAACUGAGAAAUUGCACAGCGGUGAUGAAGAAUCAAGUUGCCAAAUUCAAUGACCUGCGUUUCGUCGGACGAAGUGGCCGAGGGAAGAGCUUCACGCUGACGAUAACCGUGUCAACGAGCCCACCACAAGUAGCCACAUAUGGCAAAGCCAUCAAAGUGACAGUUGACGGACCGCGGGAGCCAAGGUCUAAGACAAGUCCGCCUGGAGGUCAUCAAUAUCGGGCUGUCGGUUUGGGUCAACGUCCCUACCUAGAUCCUCCAUUCUAUAGUCAUGUUCGUGAAUUAGAGACAUUAAGACGUAAGGCUCCUACUACUGGUUCAUCGCUAGCACCAUUAGCCAGUAAUCACUCAUCCUCCAAUAGUACAAUGAAUUCCCCCGACGGACAGGGUUAUAAACCUAAUGCACCGCACAUACAAGAAAACAAUUUGAUGGGCGCUGCCGACUGGACGGGCUACACGCCGAGCACAACGACGCCAAGUAUGAGUUCGUAUCAUACGUACCAGCAACUGCAGACGAAUGCAUCGAGUGCGGCGGCGGCUGCAGCGUAUGGAUAUGAUAGUCACACAGCAGGUAAUCCUCCGCCAGGACCACCACCGCCACCGCCAGCACCAGAUCAUCACGGGAAUUUCCAUCUGCCAACUGUGUUGACGGACAUGCAACCCUUUUGUGCCGGCUCCGAGUAUCAUCACACGGGAAUCGCUCCAACUGCAGCGACAAGCGGAAUCAUGUCUCACACCCAGCCGCCAAUCUGUAGUCCAACUUACGGAUCCACAAAGCCUGAAAUUGAUUCUCUCAAUCCCUCCUAUCCAUCCUACAACAACUGGUCGAACGGCUACAAUAACUACCAGUACGGAAGCUGUGCGGCACAACCUCAGUAUCCAGGGCAUACGGCACCAACAAUGGUUCUGUAUCCUCAGCUCUACUCAACUGUAAACCAAAACCAAAUCCACCUGCAUCUUCAUAGCACAGAUAAGCUUGAACAAUAUCUCGGCCCCGAGAAUUCCCUAACCAUAAGCUCGAUUGGUGGCAGUCGAUCUGGCAUUGAAAUCGGCAUCGGAACAUCAGAUCAUGAGUCAGCGAUGUUGAGUAACGAAGGAACUGAUUCUCAUACGCAUUCCCAAUCCCAACAACAACACCCACACCCGCACCCGCAACACGUACAAGUACAACAGGAGACUGAAGUUCCGCAGGAACAUCGCACCGAUGAGGAUGUUGUGGAUCCAGGAAGUGUGUGGCGACCUUACUGACCGUCAGUGAAUUAUUUUGAGAUCGAACUGAAUUAGGAUUUUUGUGCUUUGCGAAAGUGUGAACGUCCCUUAAUUGGCCCGCUGCUGAUAUAAAGAAUUUCGUGUGAAGUGUAAUAAGUUUAAACUUAAUUUUAAGUUUUUAGUUUUUAAAAUUAAAAAUGUAGCUAGGAGAGAUUAUUUAAAUGUUUAAAAUUAAAUGAAAAAAAAAAUUAUAAAUGUUUUAGUUAAUUUUUUUUAAUAUAUACCUAAUUCAAAUUUAUGUGAAUAUGUAUUUUGCGAAUAUUUGAUAA